GAGCUCGGUUAGAGGAGCGGCUCUACGAGCAUCUGGAAUGGAGCGUCCCUCCUCGGCCACGUGCCCGCGAGUUACUGGGAGAUCAGCUGACUCAGGCUGGGCUGGAGAUCGGAUCUAACACACCCUACGGAACGGCGCUGAUAAAGUGGGGUGAGACCCAGAAGCAGCUUGGAGAGACGGAGAGGAAGUUUGUGAAAAGCACCAACAUUCAUUUUCUCACCCCUCUGAGAAGUUUCACUGAGGGGGAGUACAGAGUCAUACAGAAUGAGCAUAAGCUGUUGGUGAACAAGCGUUUGGACCUGGAUAUAGCCAAGAACAGGCUGAGGAAAGCCCACGACGCUGACAGAGAAGCCAGAAACCUGAAUGCAGCCCAGCUGGAAGCUGACCACUUGUUCCACGUCUCCUACAUGUUCAGCUUCCUGCGUGUUCAAUGGCUGAAGAUAUGGGCACAGGAAAUCUCUCAG